AUGCUUGGCUUGAAUAUUUCUUAUCUUUUCCCGUUGAAAUUUGACAAUGUAUUAAAAUCGAAUUCGAAAUUUCAUAACCUUCUCAAAUAUUUGGAAAAUGUAUUGGUACCUCAUGUGAAGCAAACAGAGAAAUUGAUAUUUGUUGGUCAAGAAGCGCAAGAAAUAAGUGGCCUAGUUGUGAAGUGUGACGAAAAAGGCGAGCGUCUAAUUAUUAUUGGGCCAAAAGAUAUUAAAAAAAAGUCUGGUGGUCGAAUUCAUAUUGGUGAUCAAAUUUUAGCAUUCAAUCAGCAUUUUCUUCAUUCGUUAUCAUCGACCAGAAAAUCACAAACGAAUUUUCUUCCCUCAAUAUCUUUCAUACAGGAUGAUGACGUGUCUAAUCAAUGUAAAAAGAUAAAUUCAUGCAACACUACGAACUAUUAUCAGUUAGAAGGAGGAGGACAGAGCAACAAUAUCGGUAACAUCGGGAAGAAAGAGAGAAAAGAAUCAAAGUCAUCAUUAUUAAAUUGCUCAAAGUUUACGAAAGAAACUAAUACUACUACUACUACUACCACAACUACAACUAUUACUGAGAACAGAAGAGCAAAAGAAAGAGGAUUGACAGCUGUUUCAAAUUUAGUGUUAGUUCAAGUAGAUGAUGAUGAUGGUAAUGAUGAUAAUGAUUGUGAGGUGUCUACUAAGCAGGAUGCAAUAUGGAAAUAUGAUAGUGAGAAUGUUACAUCUUCCAUUCCUUCAACAACAUUAAUUGAUCGAUACGAAAAGCUUAUUGAAAAUUUUAACGACCGCAGAAAAGUAUACGACAAAUCAAAAAAAUAUAAAUCAAUUAUUAUCGUUACAUUAUUGCGUCAAUCACCGCAUAUGGUCUUGACGAGUGUUUGGACCGAAGUAGAAAUUAUUCAUCUCUCAAAUAUUCCUGGAGUUGGAUUAGGUUUUGGUAUUGUUGGUAGUGCCUCAAGUGGCGUUGUUGUCAAAACGAUCCUUCCUGGAAGUGUUGCUGAUAAGGAUAAGCGUCUAUGCCCAGGUGAUCAUAUAUUAAGGAUUUGUGGAAUAAAUGUUAAUGGAAUGAGUCCACAACAAAUAGCUACUUUACUACGGCGACACGGUACAUUGGUUGAACUGGUAGUAGGAAGACCGGCGCAUACUUCGGAUAACUGUAAAGAGAGUGAAAGUUAG